UUCGCAUCCAUACCGUUCCUUUAAAAUAGUCUGCAGAGUCGACAAUGGCGGGUUAAUUUCGAAAACCAAUUUCAUUUCAAUCCAAAAAUUUCAUUUUUCCAAAUUCAUUUCCCGCCCUCUAGAGGAAAUAGAAAAACCCCAAACCGAAAACAAAAUCUAUUUACAAAUUACAAGUAAACUUUCCCUCUCUACUCUCUGCUUGUACAAUGGCUGUUGCUUCAGGUUCUAAGCAAAAGGAAGGAAAAAUGAAGAGCCCAACGAAAAAAGGAAAUAAGGAGUCUCAAGAGCAAUCGGAAAAGGUUAUUUCUACUCCUGCGAAGCGUAACAGUUGUCCCGGAGUACGUCUUGUGGGCGGGCGAAUCUAUGAUUCUUUUAAUGGCAAGACAUGUCAUCAGUGCCGCCAAAAGACUAUGGACUAUAUGGCUGCGUGUAAGAAUAUGAGAAAUGAUAAGCCUUGUCCAAUUCGUUUCUGUCAUAAAUGCCUAUUAAACAGGUAUGGUGAGAAGGCAGAAGAAGUAUCACUUUUGGAGGAUUGGAAAUGUCCAAAAUGCAGAGGCAUUUGUAACUGCAGUUUUUGCAUGAAGAGACGGGGUUUCCAACCCACCGGUAUCCUUGUGCACGCAGCAAAGGCAACAGGAUAUUCUUCUGUUUCAGAUAUGCUGCAGACUAAUGGGCUUAAUAAUAUUGAUCGCAUCAAAGUUCUGAAAGACACAAAUACUUCAAACAAUGAGGAAAGCAUUGUUUCUGCUGAAAUUGUGGGGAAGGAAAAUUGCGUUGAAGGGGUGAUAGACUUAAAUAUGCGUCCUUCUCAUUUGUCAAAAAGUCCCAGUAGUAAGCAAUCUGUGGGAUGUAAAAGGAAAGAGGUUAAUGGAAAGCCCAAUGGAAGGCUUUCGUUAAAGGAGAAUAAUCCCCUUGGCAGGGGAAAAUCUAAGAGAAUCAAGCAAGAGGGAGCAACUGAAGUGAAUGGUAAGAUAAACAGUCAUAAUAAAAGGAAAUCAGAGAAUAAUGAAGUAAAAGAUCUUGGUGUACAAAAUAUUCCAUCUUCUGAAGAUAGUCCACAUGGUGGUGAAAAUAAGCCAAAAAAAUUGAUGCAAGGUCAACCAAGAUCAAAAUUUGAUAGCAAGAGAGGCACUGUUGCAUCAGCAAAAGAAACUCUAUUAGAAAAAUCUCAAGAUUCUAGAAAGAGUAACAAGGAAAGAUCUGUCAAGGAAGGUUCUGUGAAAGAUAACACUAUUGAAAAUAAUGAUCCUUUUGCCUUGACUUCAUUGCCCCAGGGCGCUGGUUUGACAGCUGUUGGUGGCAUUGAUCUACAGUCGGAAGAUGUUGGGAAUGCUUUACAAUUUUUAGAGUUCUGUGUGGUUUUUGGAAAGAUUCUUGACAUCAAGAAAGGGCAACCAGAAGCUGUUCUUAGAGAUAUAAUGCAAGGAAGAAGUUCACGACGUGGAAAAUGUUCUUUGACAAUACAGUUUCUUAAUAACUUGCUAUCAUUUUUAAAGGAGGAGGAUGAGGAAAGAUUUUCAGCAGUAACUUCAACAGAAGGGAAAAACUCAUGGUAUGCUGAUAUUAAAAUGUGCAUCUCAGAAUCCCCCAGUGUUUCAAGAACCAUGGGCUUGUAUUCUUUAAGUAAUGGAACUGAUCAAUUUGAGAACUUGAGUCCAUCAGAAAAGCUCAAGAUAUUAAAUUUUAUCUGCGAUGAAGUCCUUGAAACUGUAAAGAUAAGGGAUUGGAUUGACGAUCAAAACGCAAAAUUUGCUGAAAGGGCAAAGGAAGCAAAAGAAAAAGUUAUUGCUGCAAAAGAUGAGGAGAAGCGCCUGAAGCAGAAAAUGCAGGAUCAGAUAGCUCAAGCCCUAAUUGCAAAGAAUGGUGCUCCACUCUCAAUAUUGGAACAUGAAACAAUUGUUUCUCAAAUUAAAAGUGAAGCAGCAGAAGCUCAUGCUUCUGUGAAGGAGUCAAAGAACACUUAUUCAAAGUGUAUGUUCUUAUUCUACAUGCAAGUUUUAAGUUCAUUUAUUUUACCUGUAUGACUUGCAUAAGUGUGCAUAUCUAAUCAGUCAUGUUAAAAGGAAGCCCAAAAUGGAAAGACAUGCUAAUAGAGUAGAUUUUUUUGUUCAUGAUGGUGUUAUGUGGACCAGUAAACGACUUGUUAUAUAUUUUCUAUUCUAGCUCUAGAACCAUGUCAUCUGUUAUUACCUUAUAUGAUAUCUAGAGCCCCAAGAGAGAUUCUAAACCUUUUGCUUUAACAUGGAGUAAGUCUUGUGCUAGUACACCAACUUAAAGAGGUCCAAUUAAGUUAGACUAGUUACAUCCAUUCUAUUUUUCUCACUGUAGAUUGAAUAGAAGGUUUUCCUUGUUCACUUGCCAUAAAUGUUAUUGGCAAAUCUGAUUCCUACACCAGGGAAACUAUAGUUAUAAUCACAAGCUCAAUCUGGAUGUAAUAUACAUACUGCAGGUUAUCAUCUCUCUCUCUCUCUCUCUCUCUCUCUCUCUCUCUCUCUCUCUCUCUCUCAGGGAGAGGUAGAGAUAGAAUUAGACAAAUAGAUUGACAGAAGUUAGCUUGGACUGCAUUAAGACUUGAUUUCAGUAUUGAUGUAGCAUCAGUUGAUUCAAGUCAUGCAAAUGUAGAUGGUAGUUAAUAUUGAAAUUUUGAGUGUCUUGUAAGAAAUCUUUAGAAUGUUAUCAUUUUGUAUCUAUAGUGUGCCAUGAUAAAUAAAAGCAAAAUUUGUUUUCAUCCUGAUGCAAAACUGUUGCUAUUCAGCGUGCUGCAAGAUGCUGGGUUUUGAUGCAUGCACCUGUCUAUUUUUAUUGUGAUAACUUAUUUUACCAUAUAUGGUGUUUGAGUUUUUAAUAUUUGUCAAAACGUGCUGGUAUUUUAGGAUUGUUUUGUCUCGUAUAUUAUAGUAUUUGCCUACCAUCUUUGAUUUGCCUUGUGAACCUGUUGAACUUUUACCAAUGCGAGAUUCUGUCUUCUUUCCAAGGUUUUGGAAUAGGCCAAGAUCUUGUGUGAUUUUGAAUUCAAGACUAAAUAGCCCCUCCCCGUUAAAUCUUAUGGUUAACUCAGCGAAUUGUUUAACUUUGCAAGUUGAAUGACAACAUUACCCUUAGAGAGGGUAUCUUUACUCUCCUUUCAUCAAUUGAAAAUUUGUUAAAUAUUCCACUGUUUUACAAAGCUUAGUAUUUUCUCUGAGAAAUUUAAUAUUAACUUGUAUGCAGAGUUUUGAUCAUAAGACGCUUUUACCCGUUUCACUUUUUUGAUGAACAUAUAAUUUGAUCCAGUCAAGCACGUCGGUAGAUCACCAUCCUUCUCAAAGAAGUAAAUUGUAGUACCUUGAUAAUAUGGUGAGUAGGUUGUCAGCCAUUACCCCACAUUCUAUAAUAUAAUGGCUAGUGAAAAGAUGGAAAAUUCUACCUUUUCACGACCAUCAAACACCUGCACCAUGCGACCAGAGAGAAUAAAGAGAAGAUCAAUAACACCAAAUCAAUCAUGUAAAGUGAAACAAAGCAAAAUUAUAGUAACAUAGAUAGCUAUUACCCCAUCCAGACUGCCACUUUAUUCAUAAAUGAAAUUUGGGUACGAGAUAUGUGAAAUGCUUGUUUGUUGAUGAUUCCUGGUCUAUUGUAAUUUCAAUGAUUAUGU